AUGACGGCAUGGAUUCUAGGAUUCCUCAAAAAUGCUCAGAAAACAAGAACUGAACGAGAGAUUGGCGAGCUGAAAUUGUACGAAUUGAAUGAGGCUGAAAAGAUAUUACUGAAGCAGAUUCAGCAAAAGUCAUUUAAUGACGAAGAUAUCUCAAGGUUAAAAUCUUUAUGCGUCUUUAAAGACGAAGAAGGUAUCUUAAGAGUAAGCACCAAGUUAACUGAAAGAAAAGAUCUUGAAAGCUUUAUCAGUCCUAUACUGAUGCCAAGCACGCAUAAAUUUGUGGAAUUAAUGAUUUUUUACAUGCACAAAAGUAUGUGCCAUGCGGGGAUUCAGAUAUUGAUGUCUAAAUUAAGAGAACGAUUCUGGAUUAUAAGAUCUCGUAAGACGAUUCGCAAAGUUUUAGCUCGUUGCGUGAGAUGUAAAAGACACCAAACUACGAGGAUCGAAUGCAAUCCAGGAGUGUUACCUGAAAACAGAGUCAAAGAUGCAUUGGUGUUUGCAAUAACAGGAAUAGAUUUGGCGGGACCUUUGAUGCUUAGAGAAAAAUGCAAAGCAUGGAUAAUUAUAUUUACAUGUACUGUCUACAGAGCCAUCCAUUUGGAAUUGAUAACUUCUCAAUCAACACAAAGUUUUUUGCUUGGUUUACGACGAUUUAUAGCCAGACGAGGAAGGCCGAAAGUUAUUUAUAGCGAUAAUGGCACCAAUUUUACAGGAGCUAACAACCUAUUUAAAUCGUUAGAUUGGAAAAUGAUCGAAAUUGAAGCAUCUGUGAAUAGGAUUCAAUGGAACUUUAAUCCUCCUGCUUCCCCAUGGUGGGGAGGAUUUUGGGAAAGAAUGGUGCAGAUGGUUAAAAAACUUCUUCGUAGGGUUUUAGGUCAAUCAGCUUUAAAUUAUGAAGAAAUGACGAGCGUCCUUUGUGAUUGUGAGACAACAAUAAAUUCUAGACCUCUCACUUAUGUCUCAGAACAAGGGGAUGAACUCAUUCCAUUGACGCCAGCUAUGUUCUUGAAAGAAAUAGAUGAUGUCGGAGUGCCAGAUUUAGAUCAACUUGAUCAAGUAAAUUUGAAUAAAAGAUUAAGGUACCAGCAAAAUUUGCGCAAUGCUUUAAGAGAAAGAUUUAGAAGUGANACAAUCUUCAAUUUGUCAGUAUUCUUCAAUUUGGCCCACUAUACCAUACAAACUCCAACCUCACCUGAUAUUCCAUCAUCUCAACAUAAAUGGCACCCUGAAUAUUCCUUCUCCAUAGGAGUAGUCAUCCAUUUGUCUCGGAUUGACUCUUCUAGAAAAUAUACUAGUUCAGUUAAUGGGGUACUUGGAGGAGAAAAUGCUGCCAAUACGCUAGUUCACUUAACGAACCCAGGGGAAGAACUACUGUCGGGCACAGUAGUCCAUGUGUUUUGGAUUGGUCCAAUACAUUAUUUAACUUUAUGA